UCGGUUGUGGUGCAGGAUAUAGUGCGUGCGUGCGUGCAAAAGGUGUGCCGGUGUCAAUGUUUUGUGUGCGCGGGCUCGCGUUCGUGUGCGUCGAUGUGUGCACGUCCGUCCCGUGGCAGAAGAAGAUGAUGGAGCACUCCUAGUAGUGCCAAAAAACCUCGCUUCAUCGUAGUGUGCUGCGAGCGCUUUCCGUGUGCCAAAACAUCGAAAUCAAUAGCCAAAAGCGGAGAGAGGUGCAAAAAAAGAAAAGAUAAAUCGUUUGUGUAUUCGCCAAAAGAAAGUGUUGCGAAAAGUGCCAAGUGAACGAAAAUCGUAGGGAGAAAAAAAAGGAAGAAGCUAAAAGAAAUAAUUAUAAUAAUAGUUAUAAUAGUUCCAGGCCACACGCCGGAUGGCUGGCAAUAUCUUCGUAGUGAUUGUGGGUAAAACGAAGAAAGGAAAAUAAAGUAAAAGAGUGUGCAAAACCAAACGGGUAAGCGCGGGAGUGGUUUGGUGAAGAUGGCAGUGAUUGCCCAUCGGGCCGGCUUUCUAUCGGUCGAGCUGUUUCAUCCUUCCGCCGAUAAAGUUGUUCGCGUCCGCGUGAGGCUAGAUUGAGCUGGUGUAAUGUAGCGUGCUCGCUUGCCCCGUUUUGAUGAUUGGUGUUAGCUAGCAACAGUGAAUCCAUCUAGCAAUUCACAACUAACAGGAUGCUGCUUUACUAAAGCGUUUCCUGCUCCUUUGGUGUGGCGCGUGAUUGAAGAAGUACAAGCCCAAGAAGCUCUUCCCGCUGGAAGCGAGUGAAAUAAGCUAUAAAAAGAAAAACAUCGUCUUCCCAGUGUGCAGACAGGUCCAGGGAAAUCCAUCGCAUCCUUAUCACCCCGAACGAGCGCCCCGGGUCAGCUUCUCAACGUCGGCCCAGUAGUGUGGGCGCAUCAUCCGUUAGCAUCAUGGUGGAUAUAAGCUCAAUUAUCGAGGGAACUGUCAAGUUUCGGGAUGGAAAGAAGUGGAAAUCACGAUGGUGUGUCAUGCGGAAACUAUCACCAGUUGCAGAUUGCCUUCAUCUGCAGCUGUACCGGGACUCGAAGGAUCGCUACAAGAACGGCCAGACCAAGGCGUCGCUGUCGCUGCAGCACUUUCUCGGCGUGGAGUCGGGCUUCACGCUGGACAAGGAAUCGAACACGAUAGCAAUCAUUUGCCAGGAUGUGAUCGUCGUACUGGCAUUCGAUACCCGCGAAAGACUGAUACAAUGGCAGGUGAAAAUAUCCAAUAACCUCGGGGAUGAUCUGCAAUACCUGGUACUGGUUUCAUCGGCACCGCCGAAGGCCAAACUCUCCACCGGCCCGGCUCGGAUGCACAUCCAGGACCAUCGGUUUUGCCUCACGACCGGCGUUCCGCCACGGUUGACCGGCAUGUGGCAGAUUGAGCACUUAAGACGUUAUGGUGUCGUGGACAAUCGGUUUUGCUUCGAAGGCGGCUCCAGCUGUGGGAAGGGCGAAGGACUGUACGUUUUCGUGACGGAUCUGGGCGAUGAAAUCACGCACACGUUUAAGCUGGCGUCGCAGGGCAAGUUGGCCAGCAAGAAGCGAGCUACGGCGCGGAAAAUUGCAGCGCUCGACAGCCCGCGGAAGGGAGCCGAAUCGCGCUCGACAAACUACAACGACGAAAUCUGCACGGUGCACAUUGAGAACUCCAACUGCACCUGCCGGAACUCGUACUGGCCGUCGACGGAGUCACGCGACCUGGACAGCAAUUACGGUUGCGGCGAUACGGCCUCCGUCUCCGAGUGUCACGACAGCAUCAACGAUCUGGACUCGUUCCCAAGGAAUGCGGUUGCCAAUCUGGAGCGUUGCAUGAGCUGCAUCUCGAAGCUCGGUGCUCCGUCGAUGUCCCGCAGCUCGACCGUAACGGGUACGCCGGGUGCGGUUGCACCCUUCCCGGCCUGGCACAUGAUGACCGAGCACAACAAUCACAUCAACCAAACGCACAAGCUGCCCGGCCCUGCCCUCGACCGAAUGUCGCUCUGUUCGCACGGCAGCAGCAACAACUCCGAGUACUCCAUCCCGCGGCAAGCGUGCGGAUCUUCCGGCCAAGCGCCAAGCGAAGCGAGCUGGUACGAGAAAGCCCCCACCGUCACCUCAUGCUCGCACCACCGUUCAACGUCGCCAUGCAGCUGCCCCUCAGCGUCCGCUCCCGGACGGCCUCCGAAACCGCGGGAUAUGCCACUGCACAUAACGGCUCCGAUACACACCGCAAUGUGCAUGUCCACCGGCAAGUCACCCCACUCGAGCGUCGGUCCGUACGAGAACUACGACGUGCCGAAAACACCGAUCGCCAUCGAGGGUUCGUCCUCGAACGGUUGCACCCCGGGCGAGAACUACGACACGCCGAAGAAAAUACAAGAGUACCUGUCGAAGGAGAGCACCACGCCGAGCGGUAAGGUGGACACCGCGGUGGUGGAUAGUGCCAGCAGCUACGGCAACUACGACAUGCCGAUGUCGCUGACGAAGGCUGUCUGCAACUGUCUGACCGGGGCGCAGGAGCCACCGCAUCACCACCACCACCACCAGCAGCAGCAGCCGGUGGCACGGGUGGACUGUACCUGCAAUCGCGUGAUGUCGUGGGCCGACAACUGGAUCUCGUUGCCGCUGUGCAAGCGAGGGAAUGGCAUCGAGAACACGGGCGUGCAGAUCAACAAGGUGAAGCUGAGUGGCGAGGGUAAGAUGCCGGUGAUGGACGCGAGUGGAGGUGACGGUGCGAUCUACGCCACGGUGGACAUGACGAAGAAGAUCCGCAAGAAGCUGGAGAUGGGUGCGUGUGCCUGCGAUGAGCCACUCGUGAAGCAACCGGUGGCCAGCGGGGCUAAGACGCUGCCCGCCAGCUGCUACGAUAACUACGAGGAUGUGGAGAUCAAACCGGAGGAACCGGCGAAGGCGGCCAACUAUGCCAACUUGGAGUUCGAACGGUCGCUGGAAAACUAUGAGAACUCCAAGGAAGUGUUGCAGCGGGCGGGACUUUGCCUACAGGAGCUGCAGCACGAGCACGAGGAGGAAGAGGAGCCUAAGGUGUGCCACAAAUGUGGACACCCGAGUGCGAAAACGCCCGACCAGGAUGCAUCGCGAGAGGAACAGCAGCAGCAGCAGCAGCAACAGGUCGCAUCUGCGUCGGUGGAGGAUAAGCAGGAGAACUACAUGAUGAUGGAACCGGGCAACAGGAAGUCCAAGUUCCCGGGCUACAUACCAAUGUCUCCGGCAGCUCCCGCAGCUAACGCCACUGGAGACGCGCCACAGGAAGCGGAGGCAACCGACGACAAGGUGUCUCCAACGGCUCCUCCACUUCCCACGAAGUCGGACCUGCUGAAGCAACGCAUGAAUCGCAUCAUCGGGGAAAAGUCAGCCAGCAAUCCGAGCUUAUGUGGGCCGGCCGUCGAUCGAAGCCGCAAGCGGAUAGACGAUGAGUCGCGCGUUUCGGGCAGUGCGAUGCUCCGGGCCACCCUUGCCAGUCCGUACGCACGCAAGCAGCUGAUGGACAGCAGUGAUCUUCUACCGUGCGGUGCUGAGAAAAGACUUUCACCCCGCAAGCGUUCCGCGUCGGCCGAAUCCUCACGCUUCCUCGACGAUGGUGAGGCCGAGAUCGAAAGUCCACUCAGUGGAACGGCUUCACCGAGCACGGAGACGCUGCUGCGCAAAACACCAACACCUUGUGCGGUGCAAACGCUUCGACGAUCGUCAUCCCCGUGCGUACACCAGGAGAUGGAACCGUGUCCUGCGUCGGAGGUCUGUUGCGGUGGCGAAAAGUCCGGGGUAACCAGCGCGGAAACGGAAGACGAUCUGUCCGCCUCGACGAAUCCACCGAGCCAGGCCUCGCAGUCGGUCUACAUCCGGCGGUCGGAGAGUGUCCCAUGCAAGGCCCAGAACCGGGACAGCUCGAGUUCGAACGAUUCGGGCGUGUCGACGGGUUCGCUGCGACAGCGUGGUACCGAUUUCACCGACUUUGAACUCCCACUGACCACGGCCAUGUCGGCUCGGCGCCAUCAGAGGCACGUCAUACCGCAGCAGAACUGCGUCCACGCUUCCCUUCCGCGUCGCUCGAAAUCGUUCGAUCCGUUGCGUGAGCUCUCGUUCCAGUUCCAGAAGGUACGCGUGCCGGAAAAGAGCACCUCCGCCGAGGCGGAAGUCCCCGUCUGUCCACCGAAGGCCAAGGGUGCGCCGUCCUACGGUAGUCCGGAUGUUAUGGCCGCUCCCGGGGCGCCCUACAUCGACUCGCGCAGCACCAGCAGUGGUACGUCGGACAUGUCGGAUUACAUCGAGACGCUGUCACUCUCUAGUCAUAGUUCCUCCGAUACGCCCGAGGGCAUGAGACACAUCCGACAAGCGACCUCCACGCUCAGGCCCCGCUCCGGCAAGGAGUAUCAGAACAUCGACCGCUCGAUUCUGUCACUCACGCAGGCGAGCACGGACGCGAUUAAAGUCCCGGGUACGCCGUCGCAGCUGCGCGGUCUGCUAUCGUGUUCGGCCAACUACGCCAACAUCACGCCCGUUCCGGAGAAUGCCGAAUCGCCCAGUCCCGGCUAUCAGAGUGGCACGUCACCGCAGGACGCACAGGGUCAACAUUUUAUGUUUAAGAACUCGUCGUAAAACCAAAAAGUAAAAUAUUAAACGAUCUUGUACAGUACAGUGUAAAAGUAUGGCGCGUAUGUAAUAAG